AUGGCGACCGAAGGCGAUCAGCUCGUCAAGCUCGAGAGCUCCGACCAUGUUAUCAUCGACACAGAUCGCAAGACCGCCGAGCGCUCGAUGCUAAUCAAGAACAUGAUCGAGGACCUGGGCAGCCCCGGUGAGGAACCAAUCCCAAUCAUGAACGUCUCCGAAACCGUCCUCCGCAAGGUCAUCGACUGGUGCACCCACCACAAGAACGACCCACCGCCAUCCGCCGAAGACGACGCCGACUCGCGCAAGAAGACUACGGACAUCGAAGACUGGGAUCAGAAGUUCAUGCAGGUCGACCAGGAGAUGCUGUUCGAGAUCAUCCUCGCCGCCAACUACAUGGACAUCAAGGCUCUGCUCGACGUGGGGUGCAAGACGGUCGCGAAUAUGAUCAAAGGCAAGAGCCCUGAGGAGAUCCGUAAGACGUUCAACAUCCAGAACGAUUUCACGCCAGAAGAGGAGGAUCAGAUCCGUCGCGAGAACGAGUGGGCCGAGGACCGCUAA